AUGGCCUCGUCGGAUCAAGCGUCGGGCUACUCGGUGACACCCACUCAAGGGCGCUUCAAUAUCCGCCAUGCAUCUAGGAAAAGUGACGAUUUCUCAGCCUCUCAAAGACCCUUCAUGAAAGAUGGACGCUCACUGUCCGGCGGAAGUGCUCAGUUCAGCCAAAAGGCUUUCGUCCCAGCAUUCACUCCUGCCAAUCCUCCAGGUAGUUUCAGCACGGAUCUCAAAAAUACCACGCAUUCUGGAAGGACUACUCCGCAGACGGAAGUGGCAGGUGUGACCUUUGCUCGUCUGCCGCCGCAAUACAAGGAUGCGGAUCCUCUUACUACGUCGGAGCAGCGGCAAGCUGCGGUGCGCGACAAGAUUGCAAAGGAGAUGAAAAUAAAACUCGGGACGGAGAAUAUGCUCGAGGCGUUGCUGAGCAAGAACAACAAACAAACCAAGGAGCAACGACAGAAGGUCGAGAUGGAGUUGGGCUCUUCCAACAGGAAACUCGCCGAACUGAAGCAAGAACUUGACCAGGAGAUAAUGCGCUCUCAGACCCCGACCACUCCCCCGAACACGCGACUUACCAGUUAUUUUCGAGGUAGCCCGCUUAAAUCGCCUCCCUUGGGGCAAAACCAGGGCCCGGACCUGACCGAAUCAGUCGACAGCGAGUCGCCCACGGUGGUCCUUACUGAAACCCUCCAACAACUCGAAGCGGAUGGGAUGCCUCCGGAUUACUACAUCGAACGUGCAAAUACUCUGGUCGACCUGUUGAAGCGCAACCCUGGUCUGAAGUAUGAUCUGGCCUGGAAAGUCUUCAGCGAGCGGGUUCAGAUGAUGCUACUCAGCGAAAGUUCUGAUGUCGUUGCAGCAGGCUACAGACUGACUCGACACGCUAUCGCUGAUAGGAAAUCGUUGCAAACCAUCCGAACCCUCCGUACAGACGAACUGGUCAUCCUGUCACUGGUUAAAAAGGCCAACGCUGUGCUGGAACGUGAGCAGGCUGUCAAAUUUGUGCGAGCAUUCCUGGACGUGAAAGACGGCGUCUAUGAGCUUUCCCGUGCUGUUGUGCGAAGUCUGGUAGCGGUCGCUGAAACAUAUGACGACCGCCUGAGAGAUAUAUGCCUGUUGACGCUGGCCGAGCUCCUUAUGAAACACACAGAACUGGUCGUCGCAGCGAAUGGCAUGAGCACUCUCACCGAAGCCCUGGCAGACGGCUCUUUCCCGGCACCCGAAGGUCUCGUCGCUAGCUUUCUUCACAUCCUGGACCAUCCACAGCAACGCAAGUACUUACACACCGGCCGGGAGUUUGAGGCUAUGUUUGCUCCGUUUACAGACCCCCUGUUGCUCAGCGGCGAUGAGGAAAAAUUGAAAACGUGUGCUCAGGCUAUUGCAGCAAUGCUCAAAACUUGGCCCGGCUUCAUCUUGCUAUCGAUGAAUGGCGCUUCUCCUCUGCGAUCUCUGAUUGACUCGCUGGUCUACCCCAUCACACAAUCUCGAGAUAUCGUGUUGGAGCUUUUUUUUGACAUCCUCCGCAUCAAACCACCUUCGUGGUCUACCUCGUUUCUGGCCGGCAGGAGGUUAACAACCUACGGCAGAGUCAACACUUUGCAAGUGGAGCAACCGUCUCAAAGGCAGCUGGCAGAAUACAACGCAGAGGGGAGGUUUGACUUAACAUAUCACUUCUCGGCCUUCGUGCUGGCAGCAUUGGUGAAGGCAGGUCUGAUACCUGCACUGGUGGAUCUGAUCAAAAUCGAGGAGGAUGCUGCUCUAAAACGGAAGGGCACUCUUUUGCUGACUGAGGUUCUGAAACUUUCACACCAUGCUCUGCCCGAAACGAUUAGUUCGAGCAUCCAGGUCCUUGGUGACCUUGUGCCCAGUUGCGUCGAUUUUGGAACCGAAAUGACGGCUAUCAAUAUGGGUAUGAUCUAUCAGAUCGAAAGCAUCAAUCGAGCACUCAAUAGGGCGUCUGUUUCUACCUUCGGAAGAAUCGAACAGGUUGAUGAAUUAGCCGUCGGCCCUCAGACUAUUGAAAGAACAAAGUAUACUGCCAUGAUGGACGGAGAUCAAUUUCGGCAAGCUAUGGCCGACAGCCAGGUCACGAGUCAUUCACAAUACAUCAAAUGGAGAUGGGAGCUGAUCCAAGGCUUGGUCGAAGGGCCUCUGACCAAUCCAAAACGGCUGGAAGAGGCCAUCAGAUCUCCCAAAUUCAUGAAGCGACUUGUUGGAUUCUUUCGACCCUUCAAAUAUCGAUUUUCCACCAUCCGAAACACCAGGCCUAACCAGCGCUACAUUCGCACCGGCUGCGCCCUGAUGCGGACCCUAACUCAGACCUCACUGGGCGUGCAGUACCUUGCGGAGAACAAAUUGUUGCGCCAGAUCGCAGAAUGCCUUGCCCAGAUCGAUCCACACAGCGGGAUUACUUCAUCUAACCCAUUGUUUGAACGGCACCACAUGGCUGAGACACUCAGCGCAGGUUAUUUUGCCAUGCUCGGCGCUUUAAGCCAUUCUGCUGAGGGAAUGCGUCUAAUGGAACAGUGGCAUAUGAUGGACAUCUUCUACCACCUUGUUGAACUCAAAGAUCGAGAUGACUUGAUCCGAGCACUCCUUGGGAAUAUGGACUACACCCUGGACACACAUCUUCGGGUUAUUCUGUCGAAAGCACUAACCUCCGGCGUCAAAGAUAUCCGACUCUUCGCCACCAAGCUGCUUCGACGAUAUGCGGUAGGUCGCGUACAAUAUUCGUCCGGCCUACAAGACCGCUCCAGUUCCCAUUGGGCUCUUCGGCUGGUUCUUACACAAUUGUACGAUCCAGACGUCGAGGUCGGCGAAGUGGCCGUCAAGAUUCUCGAGGAAGCUUGUAAUCAAAGGAGCCAUCUGGAAUACGUGGUCAAAUGCCGACCAUCACUGGAUCAUCUCGGAGAGAUUGGCGCCCCCCUUCUACUGCGCUUCCUUUCGACUUCUGUAGGCUAUCGAUAUCUCAGCGGACUUGACUACAUUACGCAGGAAAUGGAUGACUGGUUCCUGGGCCGAAACGAUGCAUAUGUGGCUCUCGUGGAGGCUUCAAUCCUUCGAGCCUACAUGGACGCUAGUACCAGUAAGGUGCAUUUUAACGAAGAUGCCACCGUUGACCUACAUGAGGUUGGAAUAGCACCUCCACACUUCUAUCGAGAACUUGCUAGGACGCAUGAAGGAUGUAAACUGCUGAAGCAGUCGGGGCACUUCUACGAGUUUUCAUCUACGAUCCGAGAUUUCAAUCUCGAGGAAGAAGACCCAGAAAUACUGACCAAGGUGAAAGGGUGCAUGUGGGCAGUUGGCAACAUUGGUUCAAUGGACCUCGGGGCACCGUUUCUGGAAGAGGCGGAUGUGGUCACCACAAUCGUAAGGAUUGCAGAAGGUGCCCACGUUUUGUCGAUGCGUGGCACUGCCUGUUUCGUUUUAGGCUUGAUAUCACGCACCCUUCACGGUUUCGAGAUGCUUGCCGAAAAUGGGUGGGACACGACGGUGGAUCCGCGAGGGCGCUCCCUUGGUCUCUGUCUGCCCCGUAAUCUGGAGGCAUUGUGCUUGAAAUCGGUUGGGUCUGCCACCGUACUCGUGUCAACAUCCCCCGAGGACGACGUCAAGUACAAGUACGCUACGACGGACGACAACCCGGUCAGAGCGAAGAUACUCAAAUCAAUUGUCGAGAUGGGCAAUUCAGUCAUGUACAAAAAGGCUGCCGCAGAUCUUCAUGCCCUCAAAGCGCGACAACCCAGCCACUUUGGCGACACGGAAAUGUUUCGGAAAACGUUGGUCAUCCUGGAGAGUCAUCACUAUCGGCUGCAGGCGCGGCACUACAUUCUCAACCUCUUUAACAAGGGUCUAAUGCGGAAGAUCAUCUUCGACGAGGACAUGGGAGACUCCACCGAGUCUGAUACAGGGUAG